CUCCUCGCGGCGAGUUCCCGCCACCACCCACCAAAGCCUAUUCUUAACGCCCAUCCCCUUCCCCUCCAUUCCCCCUCUCCAUCUCCCUCCCCUCCCAUCCCCUCUCCUCCUGCAGCCUCCCGCCCGGAGGUCCAGAUAGGGCAUACCAGACAUGGCAGAAGUCCUGUCAGGACCUCCCGAGCACCAUCUAAGCUCUGCAGCCUUAGAUACACAUUAUGAAGAGAAGAGGAAAUCCAAUGUGGAAUACUCAGAAGACGAAAAGAAAGCAAUGAUCGUGUCUCUCAAGAAAAAGGCGAUGACCGCCUCACAAAAACUGAGGCAUUCCAUGAAGAAGGGGAGGAGGAGCAGCAAGGUGAUGUCCAUUUCAAUUGAGGACGAGCGCGACCCUGAGGAGGUGCAGGCUGUGGAUGCCUUCCGCCAGCUUCUUGUGCUCGAAGAGCUUCUACCGUCGCAGCACGAUGACUACCACAUGAUGCUUAGGUUUUUGAAGGCACGAAAGUUUGAUGUUGAGAAGUCAAAGCAAAUGUGGGCUGAUAUGCUGCAGUGGAGAAAGGAGUUCGGCACAGAUACCCUUCUUGAGGGUUUCGAAUUUGAAGAAGCUGAUAAGGUUGCAGAAUGCUACCCUCAAGGCUACCAUGGAGUGGACAAGGAAGGAAAGCCCGUCUACAUUGAACGGCUCGGACAGAUCGAUGUCAAUAAGCUGAUGCAGGUUACCACAAUGGAACGUUUCGUCAAGAACCAUGUCAAGGAGUUUGAGAAGAACUUUGCUGAUAAGUUUCCAGCUUGCUCAGUAGCUGCCAAGCGCCACAUUGAUCAGAGCACUACCAUCCUUGAUGUGCAAGGAGUCGGGAUGAAACAAUUUAGCAAAGCUGCAAGGGAUCUCAUCGGUCAGCUUCAGAAGAUUGAUGGUGAUAACUACCCAGAGACGCUGUGCCGGAUGUUCAUCAUCAAUGCAGGCCAAGGGUUCCGACUUCUAUGGGGCACAAUUAAGAGCUUCCUUGACCCAAAGACCACCGCAAAGAUACAUGUAUUGGGUAACAAGUACCAGAGUAAGCUUCUCGAGGUGAUCGAUGCCAGUGAGCUGCCAGAGUUUUUUGGUGGAACCUGCCAGUGCCAAGGUGGCUGCAUGACGGCUGACAAAGGACCAUGGAAGAAUCCUGAAGUCAUGAAGAUGGUUCAAAGUGGUGCCGGGAGGUGUGGAAAGCUCAAUCUGGAAUCUCUUGAUGCCGGGGAGAAAAUGAUCUGUGCAGAUAACACCGUUUACACGAAGAAGCAAGAUCCUUUGAAUGGACAAGAUGAAUGGAGGAACCCCGCACGUGCCCAAAUUGAGCAUCCCCAACUGUCGCCUGUUCAUGAGGAGCUUCUUCCUGCAUUGUUUCCUAACCCAGGAUCACCAUAUUCCUGUGAUGUUCCAAUGGUUGAGAAGGCCAUAGAUGCCAUAUGCAAGAGCCAUGGGUUAACAGAUGAUAAUCUUGCCCUCACUAAAGCUGUGGCAAACGCCUCUAAUGCAUCCAAUCCACCAAUGAUGGGCGGCAUCAUGGCCCUUGUGAUGAGCAUUGCGACGAUGCUCCGUCUGAGCCGUAACAUGCCCAGGAAGGUGAUUGGUGCUGCCAUAGGAGCCCAAAGCACACCGAAAACUCAGGCGCAGCAGCAAUCCAAGAUGUCGGCCGAGGCCGAAUACACUGUCUCCGCAAAGCGCUUUGCUGAUCUUGAGGAGAAGAUCAUUGCGCUCCUUGCAAAGCAAGCAGAAAUGCCGGCGGAUAAGGAGGAGCUGCUGAAGGCUGCAACCAGCCGUGUCGCUGCAUUGGAAGAGGAACUUGCACGGACCAACAAGGCUUUGCAGGAAACUCUUGAGCGGCAACAGGAGAUCAUGGAAUACAUUGAAAAGAAAAAGAAGAAGAAAGCCAAGCGCUUGUUUCACUGGUAGAUGCGAAGAACGGAAUGCGAUGUGUCCGCAAGAGGCUUUGGCCUGAUGAGAGUGAGCUGGUUUUUUUGUCAGCAAAAAGUGAUUCUAAGUGUAACAUAUAAUGUUCUUUUGUUAUUUUUCCUGUGUUGCUAUAACUCAUUGGUCGGAGCUUCUCAACCAUGGCAUACAUUAUGCCUUGGCAUACAUUGUGACCAUGUGGAUGUGGUGCCAAUCCUUUUCUUGUUGCUGUCAAUUGUGGAUGGAAAUACAUUAUGCAUUGACUUUAUUUU